GAUUCUCCCCGCGCGGACUCCGGCCUAGAGCAGUGGCCCCUCCAUUAAUACAAGCUCUAUGGUGAUGGUUCUAAAUAUCAAUUUUAACCAAUCACGUGCGUGGAUCUGAUAGUUUAUCUCUUGGAUAAUUUUAACCGCAAGUAAUUGGUAAAUAAUAUAGUGAAAACAUAAAUAAUUGAAGUGGAUCAAGAAAUAUGGUUCUAGAAGAUUACAAAGAAAUUGUAGGACUUUGUGCCAUGUAUACUACAAUGGCACAAAUGUUAUCUGGAACGUUAAUAUGUCGCAAUAUAUCCAUGAAAGGUUCAUCCAAAGGAAUUGAUCCAAUGCCUUUCCUUGGUGGUACAGGAUUAUCCAUAUUAAUGCUUCGAUACGCUUGGAUGUUAGAUGACUCUAAUAUGAUAAAUGUUAAUAUAUUUGGCUUAUUGACAAAUGUGAUUUAUAUGAUAAUUUAUUAUCAUUAUGCACCAAAUACGAAAGAAGUGAUUAUAUUAAUAUAUAAAUUGAUAAUCUUUGUUGUGAUUUUUCUUGUCUAUGCACAAAUAGAGCAUCCAGCGAAUAUUGAAUACAGAUUUGGGAUUGUAGUUACAGUAUUUCUCCUUCUGCUAAUUGCAGCUCCUCUUGUACAUCUUAAACAAGUUAUAAAAACAAAAAAUACGGAAAUUCUUCCGUUUCCGCUUAUCUUUAUGGGUACGCUAGUUACAUUUCAAUGGUUAUUAUAUGGUUUUAUAAUUGAUAAUGUUUUUAUUAUUUUUCAGAAUGCAGUGGGUUUCACGCUUAGUAUAGCUCAACUAUCUCUGUUUGUGAUAUUUCCGUCUAAAAAGUCACAAGAUAAAGUACAGAAUAAGCAGAAAAAAAAGAUUAAUUAAAAAUUUUUAUGUUAAAAAAAUUUAAAUAUGUAUGCAUAUGCUUUAUAUUUGAAAUUCUGUAUAUUUACACAUUAACAGCGUUUCAUUUAAAAGUAUUUAAAGUUUUUAAGAACAUUCCACACAAUAUUGUAAAAGAUAAUAUGUAAAGUAUUUUUAUUGUUAUAUAGUAAAUAAGAAGAUGGUAAUACAACUACCAAUUCUAUUUUGUACAAUAAAACCAUUGUUAAAAAUUA